UGCCCCACCACCCCUAGAAUUAAAAAUGAUUGGAAUUGCACUGUGAGGCCACAACAGUGGCAUGGAGGAAUUUUGGGAUCAGGCUCUCACGUGUGGAGGCCCCACAGGCGGAUCCUCGCCCCGGCGCCGCCAUGGACUGGUUCCACUGCAGUCGCUGCUUCCGCCAGGACGGCGCCCGGUUCGCCAUCACCAACUGCGGCCACAUCCUCUGUGAGGGCUGUGGGGGCACAGGUCCCUGCCCAGUGUGUGGCACCGCCUGCCGCUACCUGCCCCUGUCUGAUCAGAUGCGCCCACAGGAGAAGGUUUUCUUCAAGAGUCCGGUGGCCAUCGCCCUCAAGCACCUUGCCCACAUCACACAGGUGUGGCAGUUCCAGACGGCACAGGCGCAGCUUCUGCUGGACUUGCACCGGGACAGAACUCAGCGGGUGCAGUCAGAGCUGGAGAAGGCCAGAGAGGAGCUGGGGGAGAGGAGGAGGGAGCUGGAGUCACUUCGCCGGGAGAAUGAGGAGCUGCGCCGCAUGCAGCUCUCCCCAGGCUGGCGCUGGAGCAGCCGCAGCAGCACCCCCCGUCCCUCGCCCACACAUUCAGUCACCCCCCAGCCCCGCCGGCAGCUCAGCAGUCAAGUGGUCAGCCGCUUGGCCCCACUGGAGCCCCCCCAGUCCCGCAGCACCCCAGGAUGGCAGGUGAGACCUCACCCCAAAUGGGGGCCACCCCAAAACAGGGGGGUUCCCAGAAUGUUUGCUCUCCCCUCACAGGUUGGGGUAGCCUACAGAAAUUCAGGGACCUCUCUGGCCUCCAGCGUGGGUAAGCAACCCCAAAUCCUACAGGAUUUACCCCAAAAUAAUGCCCCAAGGCCCAUCCCCUUUCAUCUUCUCCGAGGAGGGACCCUAAAAGCUCGUAUAGGGUCCCAAACCCCUGAUCUCUCCCCAUAGGGACCCCAAACCCCCACGGAAGGAGCCCAGAGCUCCCCAAACCCCCUGCAGGACCCCAAGCCCUCCCAGAGAAACUCCUCAGUGCUGACCCCGAUCUGUGGGGUGACCUCAAAAGCCCCUAACACCCCUUUCUCCCCUUAGUGCCCUCUCUGGCUGGGACAAGCGAGGGACAGGUACUGGGGGCACUGGAAGGAACUGGGAGCAGACUGGGGGCCUUGGGAUAAACUGGGAGAUGCGGAGAGGGGAAUCUGGGGGGACUGGGAGGGGAUAUAGAGAGCCCCAGGAGGGACUUGGGGGCACUGGGACGGGGUUACUGGGAAGAACUGGAAGCAGGGAUUGGUUACUGGGAGAGAAUUUGGGUUCCUGGAAGCACUGGGAGGGGGUGUUUGGGUUACUGGGAGGGAGGCUUGGUGCUACUGGGAGCACUGGGAGGACCCCAGCUCCACCCUCUCCUUCUUGCUCCUCCCUUUUUGCUCCUAAAUCAAGACAAAACCUCCAAAUGCAGUAGCCAUUCCCCAAAUUCAGAGGCCACCUCCC